GCGCGAACGGUGCUGAGGCAGGCAGUGAAGAAGGCGCGACCACACCACUUUUUCAGCAUUUGAAGGCAAAGCAACCCUCAGUACUCUGCUGAAAUGGCGUCCUCUGGAGAGAUCCUGGUCAAGGAGUUGGACAAGCGUGCAUCAGGUCAAGCAUUUGAGGUAAUCUUGGCCCCCGAUGCCAAGGGUGAAAUCCCCCUACCUCCCCCAAAGGAGAAGAAGGAGUUGUCCCUGGAGGAAAUCCAGAAGAAACUGGAGGCUGCAGAGGAGAGACGCAAGAGUCAUGAAGCAGAGGUGCUGAAGCACUUAGCUGAGAAGAGAGAGCACGAGAAGGAAGUUCUGAAGAAAGCCAUGGAGGAGAACAACAACUUCAGCAAGACAGCAGAGGAGAAGCUCAAUCAGAAGAUGGAAGCCAACAAAGAGAAUCGCACGGCACGAAUGGCAGCUCUCAAUGAGAAAUUCAAAGAGAAGGAUAAGAAGCUUGAGGAGGUACGAAAGGCCAAGGAAACAAAACCAGAGGGGGAGAACUGAUUUUCUUUUGUAAUAAUAAAAAAAUAAACUUUUUUUUGUUCUGUUCAUUGACAGUAUUAUAUUUUUCAUUGUUAUAGUUUUGUUCACCUUGUUUGGAUUAGUUAGGCUGUCCAUUGUUGCUUUUGUUGUGGAUGUGUAAGUAUUUCUUCCCCCACCUCCAGUAGAUUUGUGUAUUGUAGCUUAUGACCUUUGAAAUAAGCAGUGUUUUUACCUAUAAGGAAGCAUGCCACUGUUACACAUUGGUCCUUAACAUUGUGAAUUGCAUAAUGUAAGUAAAUCCUUGUACCUUGUAAA